AUGUAUCCCGAAGCCCUUCGCUCGUUUGACGCUGCAACGCUUGGCGUUCUGGCUGCUACAGUCGCCUUGAUUAGCAUUGUAAACUUUAUGAUCUUCAGACGGCGCAACAUAGAUGGACCUCUAUUCGCAGUCUCGCCUCAGGGUCGCUCAGGGUUUCAUAGUGUUUCGGAAGUCCUGGAGUACACAUAUCCCAAAUUCCAAGACCGUGUCUACCGUCUAAGACAGCACUAUGGGGACAUUGUGGUUAUUCCCGCAAAGUUCGUUGAAGCUCUCCAAGCAGCACCUGAGAGUCUCCUGAGUUUCCAGUUUCUUGCUCGAGAGCGGUUUUUUGCUCGGUAUACUCUGUUGGUGUCAAUGGUGGAUCAUCCUGAUAACAACACUCUUAUAAAGAGCAUCAAAAAUAACCUCAACAAGAGCCUUGGAGAUAUUCUGCCAACUUUGGAUGACGAGGUUCAAUUUGCAAUGUCAACUCACGUCGGAGAUGCCAAUGAUUGGAAAGCUGUGUUUCCUGCACACUCGCUUCUGCCUGUUAUUGCAUCAUGUUCAGGGAGAGUAUUUGUCGGGAAGGACCUAAACCGGAAUCCGGAGUUCUUGGAUUGCAUCCUUAACUUUACCAUUGACAGUAUGAUGGGGGGCGAGAAGCUUCGUCAGUAUCCAUCCUUCAUACGCAAUUUCGUGCAGUGGUGGAUACCGGAACUACAACGGUCACGAGCAAAAUUGAAAAAGAUGAUGCAUCUACUAGGCCCGGUGCUCGAAGUAAGAAAAGGCGUUGAUCAUGUCUCGGACAUGUUAUCCUGGAACGUUGCCAAUUCUCCAUCGAACUUGAAGCACAAUUUGAAAUAUCAGGCUCAUAAUCAGCUCAUUGCCAGUGCAGCGGCCAUUCACACAACCAAUAUGCAACUUUCUCAUGCAUUAUUUGAUUUGGCUGCCUAUCCAGAAUAUCAAGCCCCCCUUCGAGAGGAAGUGCAGACUGUUCUUCGGACCGAGCCAAACGGAGUGUGGACCAAGAGUGGAUUGGCCAAGCUCCGCAAGCUAGACAGUUUCCUUAAAGAAUCCCAGAGAAUGAACCCUCUGGGCCUGUUGACAUUUGAGCGUCGCGUCAUGAACGACAUCACCUUACCUGACGGUGUUACCAUUCCCAAAGGCUACAACAUUGGGUGUCCCACAAGCAGCAUUGCCAAAGAUAGCGCACUAUGGGACAAUCCAAACACGUUUGAGGCUUUCCGAUUUGAGCGGCUUCGACAACAGCCCGGUUGUGAAAAUAAGCACCAAUUUGUUACGACGGGGAUUGACUCUCUCUACUUUGGACACGGGAAACAUGCCUGUCCUGGCCGGUUCCUCGCCGACGCAGAGAUCAAGCUCAUUUUGAUCAAUUUGAUUCUCCAUUACGAUUGCAAGUUACCAGACGGGACAAGUCGACCAGCAAAUGUGGAGAUGAACUCUGGAGUUAUGGCAGAUCCUACUAAGACAAUCUUGCUGAAAAGAAGGUCUAAUGCGUAA